CACACUCAUAUCAAAGCCACUCCAGUGUAGACUUCCCCAGAAAGUGUUUCUGUCUUUACCGCCUUUUAUUCAAAAUCUCCUCCUGAUUUUAGCACAGGACAGUGGAAACAUUUUGUCAAAAUGGUACUUUAUUAUUUUAAAGAUAGAGCCUUAAAAAUGUUGAGAAAAGUUUAGUAUAUGAAAGUUAAAGUUACUUGAAGACUGUGAGAAAGUAUUUGCUCUCAGAAAAUUCUAAGACCAGGUUCCAACCCUCCUUUCAUGGUCAAUAGAUACACACGAAGUGCUGACAGAAGGAAGAGAGUGAUUGGGUUUUCAUUUGCCCUCAGAGCUGCAUGGGAGGUCUUAUCCCCUGGGCGUAUAUACAAUUUAAGGUGUAUAAGUGUGCAAUUCAGGUGAAGGGCACAAGCCACUUGCUUGCAGAUUUUCAUAAGACAAAUUUUAAAACUAUCUUGAAAUGUCAGGAAAGAAGGCUCCUUCCUAAUCAGUCAUUGAAGGUAAGAAUACCUUUAUUUUAGCUCUUAAAAUUUAGUCAAAAUUAUGUUUCACACUUACACUUUGAAUUAGGAAACACGCUAACUGGCUUUUAUUCCUUCAAGUGUUCUGAUCGGUGGCAUGAUACCUACUGGAAAUGCACCACCCGGGAAAGUGGUUCCGUGUCACCUGGUGUGGCUGACAGAGGCUUGGCCUUCCUGGUCCUGUUAGCCCUUUUGUCCGCAGUGGCUGGCAGGCCAUCUCCAGUGUGAGGCGUAUGCUUAGAGGCACAGGCAUCUUGCCUAGCAGACAGUGAUUCUGUGUUGCCCCCUGUAAAGCUUAUCUGUGAAAUGCUACCUCGUCUCAUCCCUUCAUUCUCCAGUCCGAGACACUAGGAUCACCUUCAUCCUGGCCAAGUAGGAUUUACACACGGCUCUAUUUCUGUUUCUCCAUAAAUCAUUGCUGGUAAAUGUAGAUCUUUGAGAGAAGUUCGUCCCUAUACCCAUACCACACCUACUGUGCUGAAGGUCUGACUGAGUUUGUAACAAUAAAGGAGGAGACACCUCAAUAACAAGAUGAGUCUUUGGCCACCACAUGCUAGUCGUGUCCCCUGAAUUAAAAACGUUUUGAGCAUGUUUCUAGAGUCUCAUCUCUAUAACUGGAUCUUCUUUUCUUUGAGAUUAUAUCUCUGUGCUUCCCAGGCUGGCCUGGGAAUCCUGGGCUCAAGGGAUCUCACUGUGGCCGCCUUCAGCUAGGAGUGUGGACACAGGAACUGUGUUCAUUAUUAUUUAUACAGAGUACUGUCACAGGGCACGUGUUUUGGACUCUUCAUCCUUCUUCUGUCAGUCCACAAAACUUUGUUGAUUUCUUCAUACCACACACAUAUAAGAAGAUAUAACGUGGAUAAUGUGUUUUAUAUAUGUAUAUGCAGAAAUAGAGACACACAUUUAACAAAUAAACACAGGCUGCCCAACCUUUCCAGCAGGCCUUGUUCAUCUUUUCUUGCCCUCUUCCUGAGGAUACAAGCUUAUUUUGAACUAAACCCGAGGGUGUAAAGAGGUCUAUUUAAAGACGGGGUGGAUUAUCAUGUUUGUAUCUGACUUGGCUGAGGUUACCACUUCAUCUCUGUACCCUUGUUGGCACGGAGAGCUUUGAUUGGAUUUGACAUAUAAUUACUUCAGGUCAGUCAAGUAAAAAUGAAUGAAGAUUUUUUUCUAACUUGACUCUUACUAUAUUCCUUUGAGAAAAAAAAAAGGAUAGAAUUACUUAAAACCGUCAAAAUAGAAAUCCGAGUCUCGGUGUACUUCCUUUAAACCUUGUUUCUGGGAAGUUCCAGGUAGACCAUUACGAGGAAUAUUUUCAUUUUAAUAAGCAUUACUAAUUUGAGUUCUUAUUUAUUUGGGGGCAUGUAGGUCACAGCAGAGUGAAGUCCUGUGGGCCUGCCCCCUCCAGAGAUGAGAUCAGAACCUGGGCCUUCCGUUCAUUUGCCCAUUCUCCUGUCUCAGCACUCUGAAGAGCCCACCCAUUAUUCUGAAUUUUGCAUUUCUAAUUGCCUUUCUCUAAAAAUAGAUGUUACAUAUUUAUAUGCUAAAUAUAUUGUUUUAAGUUCACCUGUUUUAAGUUUUAUAAAUUAGAUACGUAUAGAUAGAUAAAUAAUAUACACAAACAUUUAUGCCAAAGUGCCUUUCCUCCCCUCAAAAUUGUUUCUAGUGUUGCUUCCUAUGUUGUAGUACACUGCUGUAUAGUAUUCCAUUUGUAAUGGAAUUACAGACUCUUCCUAAUUCCUUAGGAUCCAUGCCCGUUGUGCCUAGGAGUAGAACUGUUCGGUCACAAGGGUGUAAGUGUUAAGUCUUUUAAGAAGAGUGAUAUUUUAUCAUGCUAACUAGUUACACAUUUGUGCCCUUCAGCAGUAGCAGGGCACCAAAGGCUGUGUUGAUCUCUGCCUUUUCUCCUAUAUUCAUCAUUUUUGUUUUUCUCCUAACUAGAGGCUAUGCCACAUGCCUCUCUGUGCUAGCCUGCAUUUCUAAUUUGGUUAAUGGUAAGAUCGAGCCCUUAUAUUUGUGGGAACAUGCUCCCUUCCUUAUCUGUGAAAUAAGUCUUCUUACCUCUUAUCAUGUUGCUCUGCUUUGCAGUCUGUCUCUCUGUGCUGUGCAGAAGCCCGCUAGCCCUGAGUUCUAACCCUCCCACAGCUCUGCGGUUGCAAAGACCUCUUCACAAUGUGUGCCUCGCCUUCUAUUUUCUUCAGGUUACCUUUGCUGAGUAAAAUACCGAAAGUUUAAUCAAGCGAAGCUUUCGGAUCAUUUGUUAAACAUGAUCUUGGUUUCAUGUGGUAUUUUUUAUACACAUUUAUGUUUAUUGUAUCCAAGCGUGUAUUGCACGGGAAUUUAUUUCGUGGGUUUCAGGAGGUAGGACUCAUUCUCACUUUUCCCUAAUGAAGAAGCAGUUCAUAAUGCUCCAAUUACGAAACAGUGUUUCUGGUGCUCAAAUGCCCUUUGAUGCCACUCUUGGAACUCGUAUAGCUUCCACAUGCAUGUGGCAUGUUCCCAAAUUAUCUAUCCUGUCCCGAUUAAUCUAUUUUAUUUUACUGUCACAGUGCUCCAGUUAUGAGGCACUUGAUGACACAGCAAAUCCACAUUUCUGUUUUCCACAAAUGCCUCUCACUGUCCUCAGCCCUUUAUGGCUCUAUUACACGAUCAUCUGGGCAGGUUUCAAGAAAGAUCCCGUGAGGACUUUGCUUAGACAUAGUUUAACUCUAUCGGUGAGGGGAAAGGACAUGAACAGCAACAGCAACAGCUAUCAGAUCCUAUCUAUGGAUAUGGUAUGCCUUUCCUGUACCUUGGUCUUGUAUAAUUACAUUGGAUUAUUUUUCAUCCAGACCUAGAGACUUUCAGGGAUAUGACGUGUGUCACCUGUGUUUUCAGCUCAUGUUCUCCCUUGGUUUCUGGUAUGGAACAGCAGUUUAGUUUUGUGUGGUGAUCUAGCUCUGGUUAUACAGUUUAGCCAGUGUUACAGCUUGACACUCUUUGGUGUUCUCUGUGUGGAUAGCUAUACCUCAUGAAGUAAGUGCCAUUUUUGUGUCUACUCUUCAGUGUCUGUUCACGUUGACUCGCCUCUCAUGUACACUCGCUGUGCAGCCUUCCCAGGGUGGUGCUGGGAAGUUUACCUGUAAGGGUGAGGACCUUUGACUUUUUUUCUUGACAUACCAUGUAUUCUUUUUUUUUUAAGCCACGAAUAAUACAAGUCGAUUCUUUACAACUUAAAUAUUACCUUUACUGUCAAUUUUUUUUUUAUUUCGAAAAAGAGUACAGCCUUACCUGCUCUGUUGAUCACCCUAUUUCUGAGGAUGGUGAUGCAGAGUGGUGUGUAACCAGCAGUAAAAUUGUGUUUUCCAUCACACUGUGUUAUGUGGAAAGACUAUGGUUGUAUCUAUUAAUGGGGAGUGACAUCUUUAAGAGUAUAGUCAUCCAACAUUUUGUAGUAAGGUUCAUUCCUCAUGGUAAUCAUCUUAGGGAGUCAGUGGAGAGGGACACAUUAUGCUUUGAUACCCUCGAGAGGCUUUGAUACCCUGUUGUAUGCACCAGCCUCUGAAGGUUUUGAUAAAAUGCUUACAAUUUACAUUUAUUUAGCUAUCAGAUGUGCAUGUGUGGGGCACACGUAUGGAGGUCUGGACAGUUCGAGGGAGUCACUUUAUUUCUUUCACUAUGUGGAUUUUGGGCAUCAACUUAACCCGUGAGGCUCGGAGGCAAACCCCUUUAUCCACUGAGUCAUCGUGUAGGCCCCAGGCUCUCAAGGUUUGCUUUGAGAUGCAGUACCACUUCUCACAAGUUGGAAUGUCUGGUUGGGAUGAAUCUUCCUUCUCCCCUCUGUCCUGGAAUUUUUUGUUAAAACUUAAAUGGAUAAUGCCCAUCUUGCAAACUGAUUGCAGGAAGAUGCCCGUUAACCGUAGAAAGUGAUUAAGCAGCUAGGGCUUUAUUGUGCUUUAGUGUUUCGUUUAAGUCUCUUCUUAAUUAGGUGAUUAAUGCACAAGAAGUGCCUUACCCCCUCCAUCUCUACAGAUGGCAAAUGGUAGGUCCCAACUGUCAUUGCUCACAAAAAAGGUUAUGGUUCAAAGUCAAAGAUCCAGAGAUAGCAUGCUAAUCAAUCAUAGGAAGUUGUGUCAGAGUGCCCAGCCAGGCAAAAGGCAGGCAGGGUGCUAAUAUUGACUCAGAUAGCUCAGGAACGUUUGAAGAAAAAAAAAACAAAUGUUUGUUCUUGAUUUUAUUGGGAAGACAUUAUUUGCUUAUUUGAAAUGUCUCUCUGAAUUUAGUGUUGGGCAGACAUUUGAGUAAGUAAGAAGAUGAUAGCAAAUGGGUUUCCUGUGAAUGGGUACAUCCAGAAUUGCUGGAAUUUAGUUUUAAAGUGGCAUCCUACCAAAAGUACCAUGUUAAUAUAUUGGGAUUAAAAGGAGUGCCUUUUAACCGUUUUCACAUGAAGAUAAUUUAUGCUGGGUAACUUCCUUUUCUAGGAGGCAGAAUAGAAUUAUAUUCUGAUAUUGAUCCACAGAAGGGAUUUGCAUUUUAUUCAUGCUAUAAAAGUGCCUUUAAUGGAGAUAUUGUGGUAAUUGAAUCUAUACUCAGUAUCACUAUCAAAGUAUCUUUUAAAUUAUUUUACGUUACAUGACUUAGUAACUAAAUUUAAGUCAUGGGACAGAAGAUGACUGUACUAUAUAUCUUUUUAGGUACAGUGUAUAGCCUUUAAUAUUCUUAAAGCCAAUGGCAGUUAAGGGCAUUCUUUAGUUGAAAGAGAAAGAGAGAAAAAAAAUAGAAAAGGAAAAAGACCAAGUAGCGGAGAGGAUUCCAUUACAUUCAGCACAGUAUGAGCUAAGUCAAAGGAGUUUUGUUAAUUAAAUUCAAUUGCUGUCCAUUAGAGCAGUGCAGAAAGAUGCCUCUGCCUUCGCUGACACAGCACAGGUAUGCAGUUUGACUAAAUGGCCAUUUCUAAACCGCAGCACACAUUUCUCCACCAGUUCGUUUUUCAAAAGUGGGAAUUUUUAACCUUAAAAAGUCAGGGUAGGGGUGACAUAUUUUUUUAUGCAGCAUGCUAAGAACUGAUUCAUUUGCUGACUUGGAAAUGUAUAGAUCACAUGAGCAUUAAAUGAUUUAUUUUAAAAUACACAAUAUCUGCAGGCAAAUAUGUCAAUAAAAUGUAUACUUCAUGUAUCAGUAGAUAACCUUAUGCUUUCAAAAGUCUGGUUGUCUUUUAACCUAAGGUUAUUUUAUUUGCGUCAUAACUACCCCCCCCUUAAAGGCUUUGUAAAUUUGUAACGACAAUCUUUCUAUGUAAUUGAGGGAAUAAUUACAGGAGUUAUGAAGAUGAAAUUUAGGUGGUGGGUACGUGAGUCUGCAUUUUGGCAUAAUUCACCACUUUCGGAGGCUUUAUAUGUCAGUCUGAUAAGUUUCUUACUGUGGUGAAAUGACAGGAAUACCACUCAGGCGCUGGCUGAGGCGUGGUCUUGACAGCCAGCAAGCUCGCAGCCUUGCUGAGUACACGGAUUCCCACUUCCUGCCAAGAUCAAAAUUGGCAAACCCCACAAAGGAUAUUAGGGAUUGUCACUUUAAGAAGAAAUAACACGUUAAUGUUCUUGCUAUGAGACGUAGAGGAGACUCCUGCCUUCAUAGUCGGUGGGAAUCCGUAGGCGUCCGACCUGCAGUAGAGUUUGAUCGGAGUGAGCCUGAAAAAUGGAAUUCAAGUCAAUCUGAAAGUCCCAGCCAACCAAGUGAUGCUGACAUUAAGGACCAGCCAGAAAAUGGACAUUUGGGCUUCCAGGACAGCUUCGUCACAUCAGGUGUUUUCAGUGUGACUGAGCUAGUAAGAGUGUCACAAACACCAAUAGCUGCAGGAACCGGCCCCAAUUUUUCUCUCUCUGAUUUGGAAAGUUCCUCAUACUACAGCAUGAGUCCAGGAGCAAUGAGGAGGUCUCUACCCAGCACAUCCUCUACCAGCUCUACCAAGCGCCUCAAGUCUGUGGAGGACGAAAUGGACAGUCCUGGUGAAGAACCAUUUUACACAGGCCAAGGGCGCUCCCCAGGGAGUGGCAGCCAGUCCAGCGGAUGGCAUGAAGUAGAGCCAGGCAUGCCAUCUCCAACCACUCUGAAGAAGUCUGAGAAGUCUGGUUUCAGCAGCCCCUCCCCUUCGCAGACCUCCUCCCUCGGAACAGCAUUCACACAGCAUCACCGACCUGUCAUAACAGGACCGAGAGCAAGCCCACAUGCGACGCCAUCGACUCUCCACUUUCCAACGUCACCUAUCAUCCAGCAGCCUGGGCCUUAUUUCUCACACCCAGCCAUCCGUUACCACCCUCAGGAGACGCUGAAGGAGUUUGUCCAACUUGUCUGCCCCGAUGCUGGUCAGCAAGCUGGACAGGUGGGGUUCCUCAAUCCCAAUGGAAGCAGUCAAGGCAAGGUGCACAACCCAUUCCUCCCCACCCCAAUGUUGCCGCCGCCACCGCCACCACCGAUGGCCAGGCCUGUGCCUCUGCCCAUGCCAGACACCAAGCCUCCAACCACAUCAACAGAAGGCGGUGCAGCCUCCCCCACCUCACCGACCUACUCGACACCCAGCACCUCCCCCGCAAACCGAUUCGUCAGUGUUGGACCACGGGAUCCAAGCUUUGUAAAUAUCCCUCAACAGACACAGUCCUGGUACCUGGGAUAAAAGUUGCAGCGUCCCACCAUCCUCCAGACAGACCACCUGACCCCUUCUCAACUCUGUAACAUGGACGCAACCUCAACCCGGCGCAGUUACAACUUCACUGUCAGUGGAAGGGGAGAGACACCAACUCGAAUCAACUUGUACAUGGAAACAGCGAACGUCGUGGUCAAACAGCAAAGGCCAUAACUUUUCGGGAUUCUUUUUUUUUUUUUAAUACUUUAGGGACUGUCGUAAUUUCUCAUAUGGUGCUGGAAAUGGUUGGGCUGUGUGACAUUUGAAGUGUUCCAGUGGUGGUGUGAGCAGUAGGUGAAGCGGCUGGUAGGGGAUGAGCCUUGCUCACGAACUUCCUGUUGUAACACUUGUGAGCCUGGCCUUUUCACAGUAUUUCAAGAAUUUGCCCGCGCAGGUGUGUGACCCUCCCGGAGCACUUGGAGACACCUGGAGAAUGAAAUCUUUCGUAGUAGCUAAGAUCUGUGAUCUGUAACUUACAGGACACUCAAAGGGCAAUGUUUUUUGGGUUUUCUUUUUUUUCUGUAACAUAUUAGAAAAAGCAAAUGCAGUUAAGUUGAUCUUUCUUUUAGUUUGGUUUGGUUCAGCAGUCAGCAGUUAAAUACAUAACACAACCCUCAAGGACAGUGAACCCACUCAUGUUGCAGAGCAAAUCCAAAAAGACAGCAAAGACUACUACUACUACUCUCAGUUCGGUUGUUUGUUUUUUUGUUUUGUUUUGUUUUUUUAUUAAGUUUUGAAAUGCUGCACUUACAUUUAAAAAAAAACAUUUUUCAACAAUUUCAACAAUGACACAAAAGUUCACAUGGAAAUGGGGAAGAUGGUCUGUUUUGACAGAAACUGACAGGAAUCAAAACAAUCGAAUUUUGAAUUGAGUGAAGUGCAAUUUCAUUGGAUAGCUAAGUAUCUUUGUAAGAUAGAGAUUGUUGAAAAUUCUAUUUUUGUUUUUCAAGUCCUCCCACCCCAGGACUCUAAAUUAUUGGGGUUAAAAAAAAACAGCCUUGCAAGAAAAAGGGGAGCUAUUUUUGCUUUUUAUGUUUUUUAUUGUUAAACUUGUAUCCCUUUAAAAAAAAAAAACCGAAGGAAAAUUUAAAAAAAAAAACAAAAAAAAAAAUACAAAUCUAAUGGUGCUUUUACCACAAUAUGUUAACUACAUUAAAUGCUAAUUAAUUAUUUUCUGUUAUCAAAGCACAUAACUCAAAUGAAAUCAUGGUAUCUGUUAAUUUUAUAAGCUAGAAAUCACUAUAAUGAAUUAUGCCAAUUCUGGAAAAUUUUACACAUGUAUGGCAACACCAGAUCUAUCGGUUUUCAAACGCCUCGUCGUAACCAGACAUUGUCCAGAAGUUUCAAAGACCCUUCGCAAACCCUGAACUGGGCUACGGGGAAAUAAUACUAACACUGAUAAGGACAUAACUGUGUGAGCCCAUUCAGAUCAAAGUACUUGUUAGGGAAAAUAAACAAACAAACAAAAACAAAAUGUUCACACACACACACACCCCCAAAUGUCUUGUAUCUUAUGUUUAAGGAAAAAAGAAAAGACAAAAAAAAAGACAAAAAAAAAUCAAAACAGAAAAAAAAGCAGAAACAAAUAAAUAAACAAAAAAAAAUGCAAGUGAUUUUUCUACCAGACAGCGAAGCACCCCCUUGCUUCCCAUGCGACUUCACGGUUUCCUAUACUAUACGUAUAUAUGUGUUCUGGUCGGCAGGCCCUGCCCACCAGAGGAAGUCUCUGCAUGUUCUAGUGUUAGUAACUAAUUUUUAUAUAGCUAAUGUAGGAUAAAGUAGAGUGCAUUAAGACAAUAUUGUAACCCCAGUCUAGGCACUUGCCUUUAAACUGUCUCAGCCCUUCAGAAGGGCUCAACUACUGUCCUAUACAAUCAAGUGACUGAAACUCCUGGGAAGACACUUUGCUCCUCAUCUAACCCCCCCCCCAAAAAAACGAUGUUGUUUUGUUUUUAUUUUUUUCCUUAAUUUGCACGAAAACAGAAAUUCCAUAUCAAUGUGCCUUGCCCUGGAUAGUGAUUUUUUUGUGGAAUUGUUGCACAUGCUCCUCAAUUGAAGGGGUUUAAUCCCUACUCAAGCAUUCGGAGACACUUUUUGUAAAUGUAACUUUUAUGUCAGCCAUCGUCAGUUUCCACAUCUAGACCUAAAUAGAGAGGUAGCUGUUACGCAGACAGGCGUAGUCUCGGUUGUCCUGUGUGGUCAGUGGCAGUGCUAUUCUGAGCUCUGUAGAUGCUUACAACGUCAGUAUUUGGAUGUCGCUGCAUUUUUUUUUUUCAAUUUCUUUGGAGUCUUCCUUUGUCCCCGCCCCCACCCCACCCCCCCCAGAUAUAUGAAAAUAUGCAAUACCUGCUUAUAUCAUGUAGAAAAGCUUAGCAAGUAUUAAUUUUUCUUUCUUUCUUUUUUUUUAUUUGACCAAAGUCAGUGCUGCACAUGACGCAGUGGGUUUUAGGUGUCUGUCUUUGUGUUUUCUGUGGUUUCUGAUGCACGUGUGCAGGAAGGGCUCCUCUUAGAGAAGCAGUCAAACUGUGAAGCACUAAGCUGACCCUGCUUCAAGCAAUUUUGUUUUUACAACUGUUCCUUUCACAAGCAAGCCUUAAAAAAAAAAAACAAAAAACAAAAAAAAACAAAAAACAAAAAAAGACAACUUCCUUUCUCUUCAGCCCCCACACCCACUUUUCUUAGCAGACGGCAGUCAAUCCACAUUCAAUAAGAAAUACAUAAUGCCCAUUUUUAUAUGCACGUUUUUAAACUUCCAAGUUCUGAAAAUUGUUUACUGGUUAUCUCUAUUUAAGGAAAAAAAAUAAAAUAAAACAUUUUGGAUUUUCAUAUGUGUCUGAUAAGUGGUUGUAUAGUCGUUUGGCGCUGUUGUACGGUGUGAUUAUCAGUGUACGGUGUCACUUCCGAUAGCCAGCAGCAGACUUUGCCUUCCCUAUAGCACUUAGCUGGGCAUUACUUUAUUAUGACAUAUGUGCACUAAAAGAGAGAGAGAGAGAGAGAGAGAGAGAGAGAGAGAGAGAGAGAGAGAGAGAGAAACAUAGCAGCUUUCAGUGCUUCACGGUGAAGGGAAAAAAAAGCCUAGACAAACAUUUUGUCAGAACCUUGCAAAAUGCCAAGGUAUUACCAGUAAAUUGGUUGUAUAUACAAUAAAAUUGCACCCUUUUUUUAAACAAAACGAACUAAGCAAUAGUUUGGGCAGUCCUAGUUGUUUUUAGCGAGCAUGUUGUAGUCUUGACUGCAAAGAGAGAGAAUAAGCUGCCCACUCAGAAGAUAUGUAAUUUGUAUCGUUGUAUAGUUUUAUUGAUUACACUGAUUUAUUCUACCCUAUUUUAUAAUGCAGGACUUUUGUAAUGUUGUCUAAAUGAGGAAAAAAAAUCUCUGUCAAAUUAGCCUAGUGAAAUUUCCGAUUGUCCAUUACCAAGGCACCGUUCAUAGCAUUGAUCCUUCUUUCUUUUCCUCCUCCUUUGGAAACUGGAUUAAGUUUAAAACUUUCCCGUUUCCUUUUUAUUUGGUUGUGUUGGGUUGGUUUUUUUUUUAAGUAUUUAAAUGCAAUUAUUUUUUUCUGCCAAUGGUAUCACAUAUUCCUAUGCUUGAGAAGUGUAGGUCUACUGAAAAACCAUUGCAAGUGGACGUUCCAGGUGUGCUGUACUUUUGAAGGUAUUUUGUUGUAUUAGGUUUAAAAGUAGGGAACUCUGAACAGAUUUGCAGGAACAAAAGAUGUUUCAAAAGGCUCUCGACCAUUGUGGAGGCAGCGUGGGGUAACAGCAAACAAGGGUUAAGUAGAAAAUACACUGAGUUCUGUUCUGUUCAUGCUUCAUUGUCAAGACAGCAGCAGAAAACUGUAUGGAGUUCUGUUGUCAUCGAGCAGGAAACAAGGGAUCACCGACCAAUGCAUUUUAGGUUAAGAGCUGAGCCAAGGUGUUUGAGGAAGACUUUCCUACAGGAGUGUAGAGACAGACAGUCCCAAGAGCUAUCAACAUUUGAAGGCCCAGACUUGAUUCUGAGACAUGUUGGAUUUUUUUUCCCCUCUCCCAUCAAAUGGCAUCAACACAAUUAGCAAAGAUAGUCCCUCAAAUGACUCCUUCCCCCCCCAUUUUUGUCUUUGGGAACUGAAGUCAGAGGCACAAAGACUAACUUUCAGCAUUUUCCAAUAAAUGUUCUCCCUUGGCCCCUCUCCUGGCCACCACAAAACUCCUUUUUCUAAACUGUCCUGAGCAGAAGUCUUCUCUGGUGCCAUUGUCCUGGUCCUCCAGCCCUUCUCUCCCCUCUAAGGUUAUGUCUCUUCACUGCCUGGCAUGACAUCUAUAAGCUCACUCCCCAUACAGGGCCACCACCACCCACAUGGACUCCCACUGGCCCUCUGGGCUCAAUUCUCCAAGCUUCCCUUCUCCUUUCCCGGCAGUCCAAGAGUGCAGGAUCCAAAUUUCUAGUCACGCUGUGCUAUAUUCAGUCAGCCCACAAGAAUAUGCAAACUCCAUCUCAAAAAUAUUGUCUUUCACCUUCCCAAAUCUUUAUCCUCGUGUGCUUCAACCUCUGUAGAGCAAUAUCAUGAGGUAGUUGCAAAGGAAAACAUUUUCUCUCAUGAUUUACUUUUUGUUGUUGUUAUUGUUGUUGGGUUGGAGGGGUUUUCUUUGUUUGUUUUUCUUUCUUUGGGUUUUGUUUUUGUUUUUGAUGGGGUAUGGUCUUUAAGACUGUCAUUUGACAUUUUUACAUCAGAUCCCAUAGUCCCUGUCUCUUCCUCCUUCCCUCCCUGUCUCCUUCUCUGUUUCUUUCUGUCUGUGUAUGUCUCUCUGGUUCUUCUUUGCUUCUUUUCCCCUUCUGGUUUCUGGUAGCAGGCCUCCAUUGAACUGUUGUAAAACACAAGAAGUGUGGUCAGUAGGAGAGUUUUGGUGGUGCCUCCCAGCCUACUGGCCAAACCAUCCUAGACACUCCCAGAGGCUGCUCCAUUCUUGGGCAUGGCUUUCAUUUACAUGGGCUUUGGAGGCCAUUUUGUCUUGAAGUCAAUGCAUGCUCUCAUGCUGUUCGACAGUAACCUACUCUGCCUUCUCCACGUCCAAGGCUGUGCAUUUGUCCAAUUAGUGUCAUGAAUGUUUCCCCUUUAUUUUUUCCAAUAAAAAAAGCAGUGGGAUGAAAAUUGCUUUGAUAUAUAGCAGGAAUAUUGAAGCUAUUCCAUAGCACUUAACCGUAGUGAAUACUGUGUCCCCAGUUCUGAAAUCAAUUUAAUGUUUAAUGCAAAUCCAUUACAUGGUGCUAUUACAGGCUGACAAAAUGAUUUACACAAAUGUGACAACUCGGGCUCAGUUCACUCUGCUUCCCAACAGUGUAAAUGCAUAGCAGUGUUUAUCUGCAUGAGAACUAUGCACUAAUCUAUCUGAAGAAAAAAAAAAACUAUAUCAACUUUGGUAUCUACUUUCCGUUUACUUCAAUCCUUGCCUUUUUGGUCAUUGUUAUAAUGCCAGCUUUAGGACAGAAAGAAUUAUAAGAAAACCAGCAUAAUACCUGAUAUAUUAAAAUGUAGUGCCUGUGAAACCUGUAUUAUACUGCUCUUCUGAAGUAAGAUUUUUCUACACCGGUAGCCUUCGCUGUCUGUCAGUCAGGACCUCUGGUAUAGGUGAUGUAAAAUAACCGUACAAUAUUAUGCAUGCUAUCCCAUAAUGCUUAGUGACUGUAUGAUAUUACUCAGAGUUCUGUUAGACUUUUUUUUCUGCCUCAGUUCUUAUCAGCUAGGUUUGAGGUAUUUCACUGAGAACGUGAACUCGGUCUUCCUUCUGGCUGUCUUCAUGAUCUUGGAGGUGUACACUUACUUAAAUUCAGUAUUACUUGUGUUUGUUUUCAUUUUUGUUUUUUUUUUUUUUUUGCUUUGUUUUGUUUUGUUUCUCCUAAGGGACAAGCAUGGGUGUUUGAUUUCAGAAAUCAGUAUAUGGUGAGAUUUUUGUCUCAAAACUACCAUUUGAAUUUCAAGAACUCUGCUGCAAAAACCAGUCUGAGAAUGUUUCCAAGUGAGAGUCACUUUGCUGGCCCUCGACAGAAGCUAGACGACACUGAAGAACCUUGAAGGACAGUGUACCCAUGCUUGAUCAGCCUCACUCCAGACUUCCUCAUAGUAAAAAGGAAAAAACAAAAAAAUUUACAAAAUCACGUAGCUAUUUAGUUACAUGCACAGAUGCAAUAUUUUCUUCAAAAAUAUAACUCUGUACAAACUUCGGGCCCGAUUCAUAAGAAAGAAGUUUGCUAUUAACACGGGAUUUUUAAAAUAUGUUCUCUCUCUCUCUCUCUCUCUCUCUCUCUCUCUCUCUCUCUCUCUCUCAAUUUAAAUUUGAAACUGUUUGCUUCCCAAUUUGAAUAUUUUUCUUUAAUUUCCCCCGAACCAGCACCCAUCUGCCUUUCAUUCUCCAAAGGGUUGCAUUAAGGAAGUUGGAGGGAUACUAUAUGGGGACUGGAUCCCAGUGACGAGGCUAAGUGGGAACUGUAGGGUAGGAAUAUAACACAUGGAUGCACCCCCUCUGUGUGUCAGGCAUCCUACAUGUAGACUCACUGUGCUGUUUGGGCUGAAACAUUAACUUUGUAAAAUGUGUCUGGACCACAAGAGUAUAUAGGAGAAGUGCUACCUCCGAUCUAACUAGAGCAAGUUCAUGGCAGAAAGUAUCACAUACUUUAAAAAUGUGAAGUUUCCCGUCUCUCCAGUGGUUUCCAAGGCAAGUGGUGUCCAAGACACAGACCGUUUUCAUGUUGUUCAAUGCUCGGCUUUGUAAAAAGCCCAAAGCUAUCUUCUCUCGGCUUUGACUGCUAAUUGUAUUGCUCUUGGUUGUUUUUAUUUUUAAAUUUUUUUCUUGGUAAUGGUCUGUAAAUUUGCUUUUUUUUUUUAACCUAUUAUUCCCCACUAAAGGUCUUAGGCAUCUGGCCAUGUCAGGAUGCAGUGAGGGAGCCGCCAGCUUUCUUCUCCCUCAGACCAUUGUCUCUCCACUGAACUAGGCUGCCUCCCUACCGAGGUGCCAGCCAGAGGAGUGCCAGCAAGUCCCAGUAGGUCCUUAGGAAGGCUCCCAAGGCCAAGUCCGUGGUUCCUUCUCUGCUUCUCCCACAUACCUUUCCCAUCACACACGUCAAACAUCUGCUCAGAGUGCCUCUGUUCUCUUUUCAAAUUGGGGGGGGGGAUUAAAAACUUCAAAUGAUGGAAAAAACGAGAUCUCUUGUGAAAUGGAACGCCCCGUGUUAAUAACUUGGUCUGAAAUUGUUUUUAUGAGCCGGGCCCCCUGUGCCUCUAGCAUAUUUGUACUGACUCUCAUAGUUACCCUUUUCGUUUACUGUGUUCUGUGAAAACUUGUAAUUGGUUGAGAAUCACUGUGGGCGUCCAUUCUUAUCAACUAAGUCUCCACAGGGUUUUUGAGCUGGUGUGGAUUAGUUUAACUCUUGUAUUCAACCGUUAGUGCUACCACCUUCUCACAUCACAAUACAAUUACUGGAAGCAAGUACUGCAUUUCCUAUGCAACAGAAAAGGAAAAAAUAAAACAAAUUGCUAAUGCUA